AAAUAAAAGUCUCUGUUUUCCUUUAAACAUUAAACACUGGCGGAGACGGAAGAGAGAGAAGGAAGUCAAUCUUUCUUCAUUUUAUCUCUCUGAUUUUGUGAAACUCCUCCACCAAUGGAAGAUUCAACCACAACAACCGCAACAGCAUCAGCAACAACAGCAACAGCAACUACAGCCGCUGCAACUUCAUCAACUCACGCAACUAGAUCAAAGCCCAAAUGGGUUCUUCCCCACCGGACCGAAAACCUCAGAGACCAAUAUACCAUAGGGAAAAAGCUUGGCCAAGGCCAGUUUGGCACUACAUAUCUUUGCACUCAUAAGUCUAGUGGAUAUAACUACGCCUGCAAAUCCAUACCCAAAAGGAAGCUCCUUUGCAAGGAAGACUAUGAAGAUGUUUGGAGAGAAAUCCAAAUAAUGCAUCACCUGUCAGAGCACCCACAUGUCGUCAGGAUCAGAGGAGCCUAUGAAGACGCUUAUUGUGUCCACUUGGUGAUGGAACUAUGCGAGGGAGGUGAACUCUUUGAUAGGAUUGUCAAGAAAGGGCAAUACAGUGAGAGAGAGGCGGCUAAGCUGAUCAAGACGAUUGUUGGAGUUGUGGAGACUUGCCAUUCUCUAGGUGUCAUGCAUAGAGAUCUUAAGCCUGAAAAUUUCUUGUUUCAUAGUGUUGAAGAGGAUGCUGCUCUCAAGGCCACUGAUUUUGGUCUUUCUGUGUUCUAUAAGCCAGGUGAAACUUUUUCUGAUGUUGUUGGGAGUCCAUACUAUGUUGCACCAGAGGUGUUGCGCAAGUAUUAUGGACCUGAAGCAGAUGUAUGGAGCGCAGGAAUUAUUUUGUACAUCUUACUGUCUGGAGUGCCACCCUUUUGGGCAGAAACUGAAAUGGGAAUCUUCCGGCAGAUAUUGCAAGCAAAAAUUGAUUUUGAGUCUGAACCAUGGCCUAGCAUUUCUGAGAGUGCCAAGGAUCUCAUAAGAAAAAUGCUGGAACGGAAUCCAAGAAAAAGACUAUCAGCUCAUGAAGUGCUAUGCCAUCCUUGGAUUGUGGAUGAUAGAAUUGCCCCAGAUAAGCCUCUUGAUUCAGCUGUUUUAUCCCGCCUGAAGCAGUUCUCUGCAAUGAACAAACUUAAGAAAAUGGCUUUGCGAGUCAUAGCAGAGAGGCUUUCUGAAGAAGAGAUUGGUGGUUUAAAAGAGUUGUUCAAAAUGAUAGAUACAGACAACAGCGGAACAAUAACUUUUGAUGAAUUGAAAGAAGGCUUAAAGCGAGUAGGCUCUGAACUUAUGGAGUCUGAAAUAAAGGAUUUGAUGGAUGCAGCUGAUAUUGAUAACAGCGGUACAAUUGACUAUGGUGAAUUCCUUGCUGCCACAGUACACUUGAAUAAGUUGGAAAGAGAGGAAAAUUUGGUGUCGGCUUUCUCGUUCUUUGACAAAGAUGGUAGUGGAUACAUAACCAUAGAUGAGCUUCAACAAGCCUGCAAAGAGUUUGGCUUAAGUGAACUCCACCUUGAUGAGAUGAUAAAAGAAAUUGAUCAAGACAACGAUGGACAAAUAGAUUAUGGGGAGUUUGCAGCAAUGAUGAGGAUGGGCAACGGAGGAAUUGGAAGGAGAACCAUGAGAAGCACAAUUAACCUGGGAGAUGCUUUAGGAUUGAAAGCCAAUGGUUCUAAACAAUUUGAUUGAUGCUCAGUUGCUCGCAUCAAAUCUUCUAACUACACAAACUUGUAUGAUGUUUUGGAAAACAUUGGCAGAACUUUUAAAAUUUAUGAAUGGCGUAACCAAAUUUUGCA